AUGAAAGGACUUUGUUCCUACUUCGAACAUUACAUUGACUGCUUUCUUGGAUUCUCGGUGUACGUAUCCAAUACAACAGAUAUAUCACAAGGAAAAUUAUGUUUCAAAGACGACAACUUCACACGACGCACCAUACCUGUAGUCUUCAAAAUUACAUGCAUUGUCCACGGGCAGUAUGUUAUUUACUAUAAUGAGAGACUGCAAGGAGUUAUCUAUCCGGACGACUAUUCGACGUACGCUUACACUGGUCUCUGUGAAGUAGAAGUGAAUGGUUGCAACACAACGGGAUAUUUCGGACCAAAUUGUUCCAUUCCCUGUCCAGACGUCAACUGUCAGUACUGUCACAUAGAGACGGGCACCUGUCAGGGCUGCAAACCAGGGUACAGAGGACACACUUGUGAAUUAGCAUGUGAAAGCGGAUUUUAUGGCUUUGGAUGUAAUGGAACAUGUGGACAUUGCCUUGACGUGAACCAAUGUUCCAAUACCAAUGGAACAUGCUUAACUGGAUGUGAUGUUGGUUAUAAGGGAGAACUAUGUAAAACACCCUGUGGCAUCAAUUUUUACGGUAUACGCUGUACUGAAAAAUGUGGACACUGUAGUGAUGGCAAUCUGUGUGAUCAUAUCAAUGGAACAUGUGCAACCGGAUGCAGUGCUGGGUAUCAGGGGGAUCUGUGUAAAUCACCUUGCAAAAAAGGGUCGUUUGGCAUUGACUGUAAUGAAACAUGUGGACACUGUCGUGACAUAAACAAAUGCUCCAAUGUCCACGGAACUUGCUUAACUGGAUGUGCCGAUUGUUAUGAAGGAAACUUAUGCAAUGCUCCUUGCAACAGAGGACAGUACGGUAUUGAUUGCAGUGAAACUUGUGGUCAAUGUCUGGACGUAAACCAAUGUUUUAAUGUCAAUGGACGAUGCUUAACAGGAUGUGAGGAUGGUUACGUUGGGAAUCUGUGUAAAACACCUUGUUGUGAUGGAUUUUACGGUAAUCAAUGCAACAACAAAUGUGGAUACUGCCAUGACAUCGACCAAUGCUCUCCUAUAAAUGGAACUUGCCUAACCGGUUGUGAUGCUGGUUAUCAGGGGGGUCGCUGCAAAACUCCAUGCCCAGAUGGGUUUUUUGGCAAAGAUUGUUCAGAGAAAUGCAUCGCGACAUGCGCUGGGUGCAAUACAUUCAAUGGUUUGUGUGAUUCUGGGUGCAUAUCUGGCUGGAAAGGAUAUUUCUGCAAUCAAGUUAACGUUGCCCUCAAUAAACCAGCAUACCAGCAGUACCCAAACAAACCAGGUGACUACAGAUAUGACGCCAGUAACGCUGUGGACGGACGUAAAUCUGACCUGAGCUGGUACAGUGGUCAAUGUGCUGUAUCAGCGUCUUACAAACAAACAGCCACCUGGUGGGUGAACCUGAGCAGCAUCCACAGUAUCCAUCACAUCAUUAUCUACUUCAGGACGGACAACCUAGGUAAAGUCUCAGUCAUUAUGUAUCUUGAAAAUGAUAUAUUUUCUAGUGUAAACCAGUCAUCACAACGUCUUCUUGGAUUCUCUGUGUAUGUCUCCAAUACCACGGAUAGAUUACAGGGAACGUUGUGUUUCAAGGACGACAACUUUACAAUAAACACAAUACCUCCUGUCUUCACAACAAACUGCUUUGUUCAUGGACAAUAUGUCAUCUACUACAACGAGAGACUACCAGGAGUUGUCUACCCUUACGGUUAUCAUAGUUAUGUAUGGAGUAACCUCUGUGAAGUAGAGGUGUAUGGAUGCCCAUCAACAGUGUUUUACGGAUCUAACUGCUCCAUUCCCUGUCCUGAUGUCAACUGUCAAUACUGUCACAUAGAGACGGGCGCCUGCCAGGGAUGUAAACCUGGGUAUCAAGGUUAUCACUGUGAAUUAGAAUGUGACAAAGGAUCGUAUGGUAUUGGAUGCAAUGAAACAUGUGGGCAAUGCCGUGAUGAAAACCAAUGCUCUCAUAUCAAUGAGACUUGCUUAACUGGAUGUGAAGUUGGUUUUAAAGGGGACAUAUGUAAAGCAGAUUGUGACAGGGGUUCAUACGGUGUUGACUGCAACGAAAUUUGUGGAAACUGUGCUAAUGAAAGUCAAUGUUCUAACAUCAAUGGAACAUGCUUCACUGGAUGCAAUGCUGGCUACGAGGGUGACUUAUGUAAAACAGAAUGUGACAGAGGGUCGUAUGGUAUUAUAUGCAAUGAAACAUGUGGACACUGUCUUGAUGUAAGCCAAUGUUUCCAUAUCAAUGGGACAUGCUUAACUGGAUGUGAAGCUGGUUUUAAAGGUGACGUAUGUAAAACAGAUUGUGACAAGGGUUCAUACGGCGUUGACUGCAACGAAAUGUGCGGAAACUGUUUGAAUGAAAGUCAAUGCUCUAAUAUCAACGGAACAUGCUUCACUGGAUGCAAUGCUGGCUACGAGGGGGACUUGUGUAAAACACAAUGCAAUAAAGGAUCUUAUGGAUAUGAAUGCAAUGAAACAUGCGGGCACUGUAGAAACAUAAGCUAUUGCUUUCCGAUUAAUGGUACUUGCUUAACUGGAUGUGAUGUUGGCUAUGAAGGAGCCUUAUGUAAAACACGAUGUGACAAAGGAUCAUAUGGUCUUGAAUGUAAAGAAACGUGUGGACAUUGUCGUGAUGUAAACCAAUGCUCCAAUGUCAAUGGCUCUUGUUUAACUGGAUGUGAUGCUGGUUUUAGUGGAGAAUUAUGUAAAACACGUUGCGACAACGGUUCAUACGGAUUUGAUUGCAAAGAAAAAUGUGGAAACUGUCGGGAAAUCGACCAAUGCUUUCAUACAAAUGGAACAUGCUUAUCUGGUUGUGAUGGUGGUUAUCAAGGAGACUUGUGUAAAACACAAUGUGACAGAGGAUCGUAUGGUACUGGAUGUAAUAAAUUAUGUGGAUAUUGUCGUGAUGUAAACCAAUGUUCCAACAUCGACGGAGCAUGCAUAGGAGGAUGUGCUGCUGGUUUUGAAGGGGACUUGUGUACAACACAAUGUGACAAAGGAUUGUAUGGUAUAGGAUGUUCCGAAACUUGUGGACACUGUCGUGAUGUGAACCAAUGUUUCCAUAUCAAUGGGACAUGCUUAACCGGAUGUGAUGCUGGUUAUAAAGGGGAGUUGUGUAAAACUGAGUGCAAUUCAGGAUUUUAUGGUGUCUCAUGCAACGAAACAUGUGAAAACUGUCGUGAUAUAUGCGACCAUGUAAACGGUACAUGCUUAACUGGAUGUUUAGCUGGUUAUAUUGGGAAUCGGUGUAAAACACGUUGCCAACCUGGAUUUUUUGGGCAAGAUUGUUCUAUGAAAUGCGUCGACACGUGUAGUGGAUGUAAUAAUGUCAAUGGUUUGUGUGACUUUGGAUGUAUACCUGGCUGGAUAGGAUACUUCUGCAAUAAAGAAUGUGACAAAGGAUCGUAUGGUAUUGAAUGUAAUGAAACAUGUGGACACUGUCGUGAUGUAAAACAUUGCUCCAAAGUCAAUGGCUCUUGCUUGACUGGGUGUGAUGCUGGUUAUGAAGGGGACUUAUGUAAAUCACGUGAGUAGACAAACACCAAGUACAGACGAAACUAGCAACUUAUUAUUAUAAAAAGAAUAUCUUAAAAAGUGAUACUGAAAAAACAUAUUGUAAAAACAUUUUUUUAAUUACACGAUGCGAUUACAAAUGAAGUAGUAAUAACAUAAACAUAUUUACGUGUUAUUUGUGGCAAACAUACAUUGUAGUAACGUAAUAAGUCAGUAUUUCCAUAUCAAUGGAGCAUGCUUAACUGAAUGUUAUAAAAGGUUAUAUGUAUCAAAGAGAAAUGUGUAACGUACGUGAGUACAUAGACCAUCUCUGAAAUUAUGCAUAGAUGGAUAUAUAAAUAGAUUAUUCAUAUGUUUAACACUACAUUGUUAAUACUGAUGUAAAUUUGAAAUUGUCAAUAAAAAAUGAAGAGAAAGUAAAAAGAACUUAGGUAAGUCCAAUAAAACGGAAAUUUACCAGAUAUUUACAGUGUUUGUUUUGAAUAAUAUACCAUUAUUAAGGUCACUAAAACAAAAUAAAUUCAAACAACGUAAGUUGCACACAAUUUGUUUUAUCGUAUUUUCAUUAUAACGACUUAUACUGUGUGUUUGUUAUGUUAAAUUUCAACAAUUUAUCAAUACUACUUGUAUUACAGGGUUUAGUAAUUUGACUUAUUAAUAUUCAAUUCAUAUUUUGUGAAUGUUCUUUAUGUAAAAUUACGAGGGAAAAAACUGCUACUUGAUAUAUUCAUGAAAAAGUUUUAAUACCCAUGGUGUUUAAUAAUCGAAACUUUACGCCUAUAGAAUUGAUUUAUUUCGAUUUCAAUAUAGGAAAACGCAUGGUGUAAUUCAAAUUGCUAAAUUAAAUUCAGUGUUCGAUAAUCGUAUUUGUAAAAUAUAAAAGCAUUAAUCGAUGACAAUAAAGUUUUCAUCCUAAUAAAACAAACUAUAUAUUUUUUGACUAUCCGGACAAUUGAAAGUUUAUGUUCCCAUCGAUAGCAGUUAUUUUUCACGACGUCGCCAGGUGAAAUAGUUUCUGUUUUCGGGAAAUAUAAACUUGCUAUCGUCCUCAAAGCAGGUAAGUGCGUAUAUAAUAUACAUGCAUGUUCACAAUUUUUAAUCCGAUGUUACUAUAUAUCGCUGAUAUACCAAUCAAUUUAACUUACGGUAUUUACUAUUUUAAGAUUUUUUUCUUUUUGCUAACCGUACUGUAUACAUGUAUUUCGUGUACAAUUCAAAUAUAAAAAAGAGAAGAAGACCGCGAACGGUGCAUGUAAUGCGCAAUGUAACAAUUCACAACAGAUUAGCUGAUACCAUUUGAAUGAUGGCAGUUAGUGGAAAGGUAGGGUAAGUGAUGUUUUCCUCAGUAUGAUCAGAUAAAAAGUGAUACUUGGGAAGCAAAGAUAUAAUAUAUUGAUGAUUAAAGAGGAUUAUGAAUGGUACACGUAAACUUAUACCAUUUUGAGCACUGUACUGUCUACGACUGAAACGUAUGUUGUCAAAAGUAAGAAAACGAAACCAAAGUUGAUAUGUUUUGUAUAUAAUGGAGAGUUAGAUUAUAUAUAUAUAAUAUGUUAUCAAGUGUGACUUGUUGAUGUUUAAGAAUAUCUUUCCUUGACGUUGAUAUCAUUUUGUUUUUACUUCAAUUUACCAGUAUUAUUUACAAUGGCUUAAAUGAUAUAUCUUGUUUCAGAUAAACGCAACGCCCGGAAGGUUUGUCGAAAUUAACUUUUAAAGAAAAAUUAAAUCAAUUUUAGAUGCAGAAGUUCAUAGUAACAAAUUUAAGUUUUUAUAAAUAUUUGCAUGUGUAUUCAUCAAAGUAAAGUAUUGAUGUUUGUAAUAUAAUGUUUGAAUACAACUGUAUUAUUAUUUUAACGAAAACGAUAUAUUCUUAAAAUUAGUGUUAUCUAUUUUUUUUUUUCUGAUGACGUUGCUGACAAUGGUAGGUAUUUGAAUGAUUUAAUGUGGCACUUAUAAAAAAUAGCUUUCUACAUUUAUAUUAAUCAAUUUCUUUUUCCAGGUUUUGUUUCCUCUCUUGAAAAUUAAAAAAAAAGUAUGUAUGUUCUCAAAUACGCUUGGUGAGCUGAACAUGAAGAAAAUAUCUGCAUCGAUAUUAAAACAAAUUGAACAAUUGAAUAGGUCUAAAAAGUCUUGUAUUCGGAUGGUAAUUGCCUAUGUUAAAAUAUGAAAUCAUCUGAUUUUAUUAAUAAUAGUAAUAUAUUAUGAACAUGAAUUAAAAACAAUUAUCACGAUUUAAUCUAACAUAGUUAUAUGAACAGCAAUCAUUUCGUAUUCCUUACCUCACUUACAAUUUGCAAUUUGCUUACAGGGAGACCAUGUGUCUUAUAAAUAUUAGAAUAUGUAAACGUUGCUUAAAGGAAUGCUCAGAAGAACUUUCAAUAUAAAGAAAACGAGAGGAAUUUCAUAGUCCAAAGCAGAUAGAAAGACCAGAGUCACAAUUCCUCAAGGAAACCCGAGGAUGACUGGUUUAAAAAUACUCCGAGCAGAAAGAAUCAUACUGACGAUAUAUCCAAAUACUGCGUUGAUCUAGGGACAUUUAAGGAAACAACAAGUUGCUGUCCUUUAAAAAAGGACUACAAUACAUGGACCAU